ACCAAAUGUCAAACACAAUUUAAGAAAAAAUAAACAAAAAAGUUUGGUGUAUUAUUUUUUAAAUAUUUAGAAUGUGGAAUAAAUUACAAGAUUCGCCCCCGUUUUAUUUGCAAUUUUCACAAACUAAUGGCUACGAGAUAUCAAUUACCGAUUAUAUUACGUUAUACACGGUAAACAUUUUAGAAAAUGAAUUUAUCACAAUAUUAAAGGAUAGUAAUCUAAAACUGGUGAUAACUGACAAGGAGUUAAUGGAUAAUGGUGUAAAUUUGCUUUCAAACCUGGAAAAUAUCAAAGACUUGAGAAUAAACACUGCUGAUGGACAUUUAAAACUUUAUAUAUGCAAGUUUUAUGAAUACCCAUUUAGGCUUAAUUUAACAUUACAUGAAGCUCCUAAAGAAAUUUUCUUCCAGAAAGUAACUCAGCAUCUUCUCAGGACUAUUAUCGAGUUUCAGAAUAUUGAACAGAAAUUGAGAGAAUCUUUAAAAAAGAAAGAUGAUGAAAUUGCCAAGUAUAAUAUGAAAGGAUAUAAAAUAGAAAAAUAUAGAAGAACAUCAGUGUUUAACGAAGAGGAGCAUUUGAAAAAUCAUGCAGUUUUUCAAGAAAAUGGUGUUCCGCAAGACAUACCUCACAGUUUACUUGAAGAAAAAUAUGAAAGUAAAGAAAGUAUUCCUCAAGUGAAAGAAGAGACAAAUGGUCUACAUGAAGUUCCAAUUAAACAAGAAGCGACCACAUCUGAAGCAACAGUGGAAACGAACACUACACACAAUUUAACAAAAAUCGAGGUUAAAGAAGAAAUAAAAACGGAACCACGAAAUAUAAGUCCAUUGAAAAAAAGAAAAAAGGAAUUGAAUUUGUAGCAAGAAUAAUGGUAAUUAAGAUUUUUAUGUACUUAAAGUUACUUAUAAAAUUUUUUUUUUUAAAUCAUAUAGAUAAGGAUAAAUUCUGAUUGAUUUAUUUGGAUCUCUUAUAAAUUGUACAUUAUGUAUUUUAAAUCAUAAUAUCAUGUAUACCAAUAAGCUAUGUGUUUUGGGUGUUUUUUGUUUAUUUUUUACAAGAAAUCAAUGAAAUAAUGUUUGAUAUUUUUAAUAUCUAUCUUUUUCUGAAACCAAUUAAAUUGUUAAUAGACAAUUAUACUAUAUUUAAGAUGACAGGCACAUACUUAGAUAUAUUUAAGUUUUUGGACAUUUUUGUAUUGAAAUGAAAAGCAUAUGGCUUAGUAUGUUUUAUACCUUCAUAGUAUUUAGAUCAACUAUUUUGUUGAUUUAUUCAACGACAUUAAUUGAAUUUGAAGAUUAAAAAUUCUUAUAAUAUUAGUACCGCGUUGAAGAAUUGGCGCAACACUAGAUUUUUAGCGUAAACGUCACAUCUCUAACUGACAGCUGUCAAUGUCAUUAGUCGUAUUAAAUAUGGCGCGCGAUUCUGGCGAGAAGUGUGGCUCUGACUUUUUAAGUUAACAUGAUAGUAUCAAUGGAAUAAAUUGUUUAAAAACACUUAGUAUAGGUGCUUAAUAAUUUAUGAUAUAGGUAUUCGUAAGUAGUAUAUAAUUUAAUGGUUAAAAUUAAUGACUUUUUUAAUAAUAGUGUUAGUAGCUUAGAUGUUAGCGGUUGACUUAUAAUCUGCAAUUCUAGGUCCAGUUCCCAGUAAAACAAUGUGUUUUAAACUUCUAAUUUCAUAUGUGUAUUUUACAAUAUUCUUAUGGUGAAGGAAAAUUUGAAAUCUGCGCAUAUCUGUGAAGAAAUUCAACAAUAUGUUGAGUGAAGUCAACCCGCAGUGGGCUUAGUUGACUAUGGUCUGGUCAUCCCUAGGGGUAGGCUUUAAGCCUUACAAAUGGGACAUAGCUGACAUAAUAAUCACUUUAUUGAUGCCAUUGCUUAGUAAAACAUUGUACUAUAUUAUUUUUUUAUUGAUUAUUUUGUUAGUAAAAGCUAAAAUAAUGAAAAUCAAAAUUAUUAAAUUAUUUCUAUUAAUUUGUAAAAAUACUCGUGUUUUUACAUCAGAUUUGGCAAACUUAAACAUAUACCCUGGUGUCAUUUUUAAUGUGAUAUAUUUGGUUAAUUUAGUCAUUGUAGUAAUAAUUAUUAGUACUAAAGUGGCAUUUUGAUGUUUUAUUUGGUUUUUAUCGACCUUUUU